AUGACGGAGUCAGAACUUCGAUGCAUAAAGUGCGACGAUGCGGUGGCACUUGAGACUAGCCACGCCAGUGGACGGAACGUCCUAAGGCGUGUCUGCGGGGAUUGUUCCGGCACUGACCGGUGGCUCCAAAGGUGCCGCAAAACUAAGGACAAGAAGGGGGGGGAAACGGAAAAGGAACGAGAAGCAAGAGUGAACGCUGAAAAAGUGGCCGUGUCGCUCAGCAAAAUGAGCACUGAGGAGAAGUUUACCUGGUACAGAAAACAGAAAGCCCAAAGGCUCGAAAACGGCACAAGCCGCAAGCGUACCUUCGAAACGGCGGUAGGAGCUUUAACGGAAGAGAGGAAGAGGAUGGAAACCCAACAGGACGUGGACCGGUGGUUCCGGUUCAAGGACUGGGCGGCGAGGGAGGCGUUGCUGACAGGAGCAAAGCCCGAAGAGCUGCCCAGGUUGUGGAAGGCAGAGACCUCGAAGCCCGGCGCAAUCACGAAGGUUGUGCGAGGCGAGCUCUUGUUGAAGGAGUGGUCAGGAUGGAUUGCUUCAAGGGAAGACCUGGAGAGAUUCCAUGAGAUCUCUGCUGGCAGGCUCGAGCGAGGACAGAACCUCCUUUCGGCCGACCGUCUUGUGAACACUGCAAACAACACAAGGCAGGAAAGCCAACUCCUCAAUGUCGUGGCUGACAUGGAGGAGGCGGCACAAACCCGCAGGGAGCUGGAGGCCCGUCUCUUCGAAGAAGCCGAGAUCGCCGAGGCGAGGCGAAAAGCGGCGCAGGAAGAGAAGCCGAAGGUUUCCAGUGCAACACUGGAAAAGUUGCAGUACGAGCAGUCGAUGGUUCAAGCGGACACCACGAUCGAGUCGUGGUUGCGGAAGCAUCGGAAUUCCUACACCGGCAUGGUUGCGGACAUCAAAGAAGCCGGCAUCGAAUCCGAUGCUGGCGGCAAAGCCGAGCUGCAGAUCAAGACCCAAGACUUCGAGCGGUUGGUCUCCGAGCUGAAGCGGGAGGUGAUGGAGAAGAAAAUCAAGGAGGAUGGGGAGGCGGAUGGCCCGACGGACCUGGAGGAACUGGCUCGGCAUUGGAAUGCACUCUACAUUCGGGUGUCCAAGGCUGUGAAGGAGGUCUCGACCUGCCAACCCGCCGCCGAUCUGAAGAAGUUCUUGGGCGGCUUCCGGAGCUGGGUGAACCAGUUCAAGAAAAAGGUCGGGAACUCGAAGAAGACAAAGAAGGACAGCAGCAAGGACGAGAACAAGAAAGCGAAGGAAGCGAGGAAUGGGACCAUGUCGCUCCUCAGUGAGCUGACCAAAGCAGGCCCGGCGUUGGAACAAGAGUUUUUGCGGCUGAGCAAAGAGGCGGACGAGCGGGAAAUGGGAUGCCAAGCUCCCGGCUGCUCCGAUGAUCACUUCUCGAACAUGGGUACCAAGGCUGCCGACUUGAACCGGGACAAAGCUGUGGCGGCACCACCGCCCCCGCCACAGGCGCCGGAGCCUGGGCCUAUGGAGGCGGCAGCAGCGGAUGCCGAUCCCUUCCUCGGUAUUUCAAAAAGGUCCCGAAAGCAGCGCUCUCGAGGCUUAGCAAAGCCGAAGCCGACCCCGUUACUCUUGAAUCUUUGGUCGGACAGAGCCGUUUUUGGUGUGCUCUCCUUCGGAUGGCCCUCGGCGCUGCCAUGUGCUGCAGCAGUGGCACCGGUUUGGGCACAGGCAGUUCGAAGGUUCGGUGCCGCCGAAGAAGCUCUGAGAGGGACGGAAGCCGAUAAGAUCCGUAAAGGCGCUUGGAGGACCUGGCUGACUCUGCUUUGUCCAGGCACAGUGGAGGUCGCUAGAGACUUGGAAGACGACCCUUUGCCCGAGAAGCAUUUGUUGCGACAUUUGGUGUGUCCACCUCGCGCUCGUGACUGGUGCAUUUCGAUGGACUGGUGCUUUCUUGUCGCUCUUUGGAAAGACGGCAGGCGACUGUGGACCGGGAGCCUGACUGUGGCCCAUGCGUUACCUUUCGAGGAGCACGAUGGAGGCCCCGUUUGCUACGAACGCAGGGAUGAGAUACGACCUGGUCAGGCAAUGCCACCAGCGGAAAUGGCCAAAAUGACGGUUUGUGCAACGGCCGCACGUGGCGCAUUGCUGCUGCCCGUGCCCGCUUUGCUGCGUCCUGGUCCACUCGACUCUUCGGAGAUUUUUCCACGGCGGGGCGGCGUCUUGCGCGUCGUCCUGGGCGUGCUUGUCACGUCAAAGAAGGACACGACGGAGCUUCGAGCCAGUCUCGGCUUUGCAGGUUUUGAUGGCCGCUGGCUCGACGGGCGAACCGCUAUGCUGCUGCUCACCGGCCUCGCAGCGGAGAUCGAAAUGACGCUGCCCGCUAGUCCCUAUAGCCCUUGUGCAAGGUCGCAUACCUGUUGA